UUUCAAAUGUCAAAUUUAACAAAUCUCACUCAUUUUGUAAAGUGAAGUGGACAGCGAGAGAACUAUUAUUUUGAAGCUGCAACGUAUUUGUGAGAUUUUUUACCUGAAUAAGUGCUAAUAACGUUUACCUCAACAAUGUCACAACUUAGGUUUUAUUUAUUUGCCGCUGUGUUAUGUAGCAUAGCUGUUUUCGGCAGCGGCGAUGUGGCGACAGAAAAGACUGUACUGAUCGACGUGCCUUCCUCUCUAUCAAGUGCGCCGGCGAGCUUGAUAGAUGUGAAGCCGUCAGAGGAGCCGACAUCAGAAGAACCGACUACUGUGCCAUCUGAGCCAACGACGACAAGUACGACCACAACGCCUGCGCCCACGACGACGUCGUCCACAACUGCUGCUCCUACCCCCAAGCCCACUCCAGCUCCUGCGCCCACUCCAGCUCCUGCGCCCACUCCUGCUCCGGCGCCCACUCCAACCCCAGCGCCUAAACCCCUGCCUCCUCCGCAGCCCGGCAAGUGGUCGUACGUCGACAAGGCAACCAACGUCACAUGCAUUGUUGUCCAAUUUGCUGCACAGUUGAAUGUCACCUACACAAAGGAGAACAGCAACACGACAGACCACGUGCUACUGAACGUGCCGGUGAACGCCACUGUGAACGGCAGCUGCGGCAACGAGACCCAAUGGCUGCAGCUCAGCUGGCCGGUAGAAGGCGGCAACGGCAGCAACUCCAUGCUGCUAGUGUUCGCUCUCAACACGACCACCAGAAUGUAUGCGAUGCAGAACCUCAAUGUGUCUCUGGUGCCCGACGUGUUUAAUAACGCAUCGUUCAAAGAGCCAGUGGAACUAUGGCACGGUGCCGAAUGGCGUACACCAGUAGCCACUUCGUACCGCUGCGCGCCCGCCGCACACCUCAACAUGACCGCGGAGACAACUAGCGUGGUUGCUACAUUGACAGUCAGCCAGCUGCAGGAGGAGGCCUUCCGCAGCGCUCAUGAUGCUGCCUUCAGCGCAGCUCGCGACUGCGGCGGUGGUGACGUACCAGACGCGGUACCAAUCGCCGUGGGAUGUGCGCUCGGUGGUUUAGUGGUGGUGGUGUUGGCCGCGUAUCUCGUGGGACGUCGCCGUUCCGCCGCUAGGGGAUACCUCUCUAUGUAGACUGUAGAUCGCGCGUGACGUGUCAUCAUAUUAUGUAGUCAACACAUAGACAUCUGAUAAAAAUAUAAAAAUAAUCACAUAAAUAGCCAACAAGAAGAAAAAAUGUGAAUAUAAUAAUAUAUGUAUUGCUCAAGCAGCGUCUUUCAGCUUCCCAAUGUUACGCACGAGACGCACGAUAGUAAAAUUCCUAAAAAAUAAUAAAUGUAUGUGUACAUAGAUUAUUAUUGAAUCGUAGUAAUAAUAAAUAUAAUAUGAAUAUUCUUGUAAUAUUAGAUGAUUUAAAUUUCGAUAAUUUCAUAAUGUAUGAUUUGUUUUUAAUAUAAGUUUAUGAUGCCGUGUUUUGUUACUAAUCGACACAGUAAUAAUGGAGUAUGUAAGAAUUAUUUUUGAAGUUUCAUUUAUUAGUAUUUGAAUUGAAGUUAAUUUUAUUCAAUAAAAAAUAAGUUAAAAAUGAAUAGCUUUUCAUUUAUCCAUAGACUAAGAAUGACGGAGGCUCAGACAAAUAAUGAACUAUACUAUUGUACCAUAAUAAUAUAAUUCUGAAUUUUUUUUAUGAAUUUCCGAAAUAAAGGAUUUCCCCUACAUACUAUAAACAUUAAACACAACAUAUUCAAACAUUUUUACGUUUAAUAAAAUGUCAGAUGACCAUAGACAAUUAUGUUUUUUCAGUCAAAAAUAAAUUCUCUAUGGUCUAAAAUUUUAUAUAAUCUGUGUCGAUCAAUAACAAGGCUCGUGAAUAAAUUUUAAGCUUGUAUCGUCUCAAUUAAUAAUUUCCAAAGAUAAUGUCAUUGUUAUACAAAUGUAUAACAAACUAAUUUUCGUAUGGUGUAGGAUAUCUGUCCAUAAUGUAAGCUAAAUUAUAAUAUGCAAUAUUUUUUUUUGGUUAAAAUGAUAUAAAAGGCAAAUAUUGCAUAUUGUAUUUUAAAGUAGCGACUUUGGAGUUCGCUUUUCAGGGUUGGAAGUUUUAGUCGCUUAGAGGUUAUUUUUGGUUUGUGAAAGAAAUUAUUUUAUUUUUAACGCCUUGAGAAAGUACAAAUUAUCCAAAGUAGAAUAAAAUUAUUACUACAAUCGGAGUAUAACAUUAUUCUGAUCUCGAUGUAUUGUGAUUCCCCCCUUUUCCCCCUAAGCGACAAAAGGAACAAUGUAAAAGGAUAAAUAAAACAUUUUUUUAUUUC